AUGGGAACUUCGAGUGCAAAUGACAUGGAUGUGGUCGUGGACGUGGACGUGGACGUGGACAUGGACAUGGACAUGGACGUGGACAUCGACGUGGACGUGGACAUGGACGUGGACGUGGACAUGGACGUUGACAUGGACGUAGACGUGGACAUGGACGUGGACGUGGACGUGGACAUGGACAUAGACGUGGACGUGGACGUGGACGUGGACGUGGACGUGGACGUGGACAUGGACGUGGACGUGGACGUAGACGUGGACGUGGACGUAGACGUGGACGUGGACGUGGACCUGGACGUGGACGUGGACCUGGACGCAGACGCGGACGUGGACGCGGACGUGGGCGUGGACGCGGACGUGGACGUGGACGCGGACGUGGACGUGGACGUGGACGCGGACGUGGUCGAGGACGUGGACGUGGACGUGGACGUGGACAUGGACGUAGACAUGGUCGUGGACGUGGACAUGGACAUGGACGUGGACGUGGACGUGGACGUAGACGUGGACGUGGACGUGGACGUCGACAUGGACGUGGACGUGGACGUGGACAUGGAAUUGGACGUGGACGUGGACGUGGACGAAGACUUGGACGUGGAUGUGGACUUGGACGAAGACAUGGACGUGGACGUGGACGUGGACGUGGACAUCGACACGUGGACGUGGACGUGGACAUGGAGGAACGUGGACCUGGUCGUGGACGUGGACAUGGACGUGGACGUGGACGUGGACGUGGACGUGGACAUGGACGUGGACGUGGACGUGGACUUGGACGUGGACAUGGACGUGGACGUGGACGUGGACGUGGAGGACUUGGACGUGGACAUGGACGUGGACAUAGACGUGGACGUGGACGUGGACGAAGACAUGGUCGUGGACGUGGACAUGGAGGUGGACGUGGACGUGGACAUGGACGUAGACGUGGACGUGGACGUAGACGUAGACAUGGACGUGGACGUGGUCGUGGACGUGGACGUGGACAUGGACGUGGACUUGGACGUGGAUGUGGACCUGGACGUGGACGUGGACGUGGACAUGGACGUGGACGUGGACUUGGACGUGGACAUGGACAUGGACGUGGACGUGGACGUGGACGUGGACGUAGACGUGGACGUGGACGUGGACGUGGACGUGGACAUGGACGUGGACGUGAACGUGGACGUGGACGUGGACAUGGACGUGAACGUGGACGUGGACGUGGACAUGGACGUGGACGUGGACGUGGACAUGGACGUAGACGUGGACGUGGACGUGGACGUGGACAUGGACAUGGACGUGGUCGUGGACAUGGACAUGGACGUAGUCGUGGACGUGGACGUGGACGUGGUCGUGGACGUGACGUGGACCUGA